AUGGAUUAUCAAAAUUUGCUGCCUCUUUUCUCAAACAAUGAAUUAGCCAUAAAUUUUCUUAAACAAAAAAAUCUUCUGAAAAAUUCUUGUCUCUGCACUGCUUGCCAGACUCCCCAAAACUGGACAAAAUAUCAGAAAACCAAAGAUGGAUUUAGCUGGAGAUGCCAAAACCGGACGUGUAGUCGAUUUAAGCUGACAACAUCAAUUCGAAAAGACAGUUUUUUUGAGAACUCAAACAUUGACCUCCCGAAAUGGAUUCAAAUUAUUUAUCUUUGGGGAAUGCGGGGCUCAAACAAAAAUGCCGCAACGCAAGUGGGAGUUUCACAGAGAGCAAUUGUCGACGCGUUUGCCUCCCUUCGAGAAAUUUGUCAGCGGCAUCUUCUCGCCAACCCAAUUCAGCUUGGCGGACCAGGAAUUGUGCUAGAAAUCGACGAAUCUUGCUUCAGUCACAAGCCAAAACAUCACAGAGGUCGCAUUCCACAGCAACCUAUAUGGGUUUUUGGAAUUGUGGAUACCAGCUAUAAACCGGCAAUUGGUUAUAUGGAAAUUGUGGAACAAAGAAACGCUGCAACACUUCUACCGAUUAUACAGAGCGUAGCUCGUCCUGGAUCAAUCAUACAUUCCGACGAGUGGCGAGCUUAUCGAGGAAUUCAAGGCAUGGGAUUCGCCCAUAAAACAGUGAAUCAUUCGGUGAAUUUUGUGGAACCCGAUGGGACACACACUCAAACAGUGGAGUCCUACUGGAACCGAAAAAAGACCCUAAUAAAAAGCAUGCUUGGAUGCAGACGAAUUUUCCUGCAUUAUUAUUUGCAAGAAUUUAUGUGGAGAGAUCGAUUUGGCUCGAGAGCAUUUGAAAACAUUAUCUUGCAUAUGAACAAUUUUUAUUCUCUAUAAACCUGAACUGGCCAAUAAGUGUUAUUUCAUUGUUUAAUGUUUGAAUUUUGGUUUAGUUUGUUAUAAUUUACUUCU